AUGUCUGGUGGUUGUGGUUCUAUGUAUAAAAUUGAAAUUGUAUCACCAGAAUUUAAAGGUAAAUCAAUGAUAAAUCAACAUAGAAAAGUUAAUCAAAUUUUAAAAAGUGUCAUACCGUCACUCCAUGGUUUAACUUUAGUUACUAAAUCUGAUGAAUAA